UACUUCGACCAAACAGCUUCCUUCUACCUCCUCCCCUCUUUCCUCACCUCCUCUGUCUUGUUCCCCUCUUUCGUUGCUGCAACAGUCUGCUCUGCUUUCUGUAGCAGCUGUGUAUCAUGAUGCGUGUGGACUGCAUCUGGGGGCUCCUCUUGCUCCUGUCUCUUAGUUUGGGAUGGACAAAGGCUCAGGAGACCAAUUACACCAGGCCUGUGUUCUACUGUGGAGGAGACCUGGUUGCUGAUUCAGGCUUUGUUGGCAGCGAGGGCUUCCCCAGCUUCUACAAACCCAACAGCAAAUGCACCUGGCGCAUCACUGUCCCGGAGGGAAACGUGGUCUCGCUCUCCUUCCGCAUCUUUGACCUGGAGGCGGACUCCCAGUGUCGCUACGACUACCUUGAUAUUUACAACGGCCACUCCAACUUGGUGCAAAAACUAGGUCGGUUCUGUGGAACUUUCCGGCCCGGCACUCAGGUAUCGACCACGAACACCAUGAUGCUGGAGAUGGUGGCUGAUGAGGGGAACCAGGCCAGAGGGUUUUUGGCUCAAUUCAGUGGAACAAAACCUUACGUAAAUGGGGAGCAGUCCUGUGGAGGGAAGAUGACAAAAUCCCAGGGAGAGAUCAAGACACCCAACUGGCCAGACAGGAAGUACCCACCAGGAACCACCUGCUCCUGGCUCAUCACUGUGGAACCCGACACAGUGAUCCAGGUGAAGUUUGACAAAUUCGUUCUGGAGGCUGACACCUACUGCCGCUUUGACUAUGUGGCCUUUUUUAACGGUGGAGAGAGAGAUGAUUCUCGCCUGAUUGGAAAAUACUGCGGCGAUCAGACACCUCAACCCAUCAUCACCACUGGCAACGAGCUGCUGGUCCAGUUUGUGUCUGACCUCAGCGUGACAUCCGAUGGAUUCUUCGCCUACUAUACCAGCAUCCCCCGAGGUUCUGAGCCCCCGAUUGACAAGUCAAGGCCCCGUGUUGGUUCUGCCCCCUCAGGGCGUCCAGUCAAACCUGCCCGACCUGAGCGACCAGCCAUCACCGCACGGGUCCCCAUCCCCACCACCACCACCGCCCCCAAAUAUGUGCCACCUCCCCCUGUCUCGCCCACAAGGCGAGUGCCAAAUCGUAAUAGGCCAGGUCCUCAGAAGCCACUGUGUCCCAGAGUAUGUAAGAGAGCUGGAACCAUCAAGACCAGUUUCUGCUCUAGUGAAUUUGUGAUUACCGGAACCAUCACCUCUUUGGGCCCCGGGCCCCGAGGCAGCGUUGCAAUGAACAUCUCCCUCAUUAAGGCCUACAAAUCAGGGAGACUGACCAUCAUGCAGGCUGGAGAGACCAUGUCAGUGAAGCUGGUGUCACAGUGCAAGAGGUGUCCUUUGGUUCGCCGAGGCGCCAACUACAUCAUCAUGGGUCAGGUGGAUGAAGAGGGACGUGGCACCUUGGCGCCUGGUGCAUUCACUGCUCCAUACAAAGUUGCACACCACAAACUACUGAUGAAUAUCAACAACCAGCCAUGUUAAGACCAAAAAUGUUCCGACAGUUCAGAGUGAACUAUAAAGACACAAUAUAACAAAACAGUCGAACUUUAUUUUAUAUACAACCUUAAAAUAUAUAUAGAUAUAUAUUAUUUUGUAAAAACACCCACUGAACCUUUUAUUUGUAAUGCAUAUGCAUAUAUUUAUAAAUAAAGGUUUUAAAUCAUGUUAAUCA